AUGGUUGACAACCAAAAGAACUAUUAUGGAGUAGCACCAGACAAGGGCAAACAAAAUGGCCCAGUCUGGAGAUACAGCGAGAGCUUUGCCAAAUACAUGUCCAACCUCCGAGCCAACAAAGUCAUUCGAGGUGGUUAUGGUAAAGGACUAACACCCGGAGCCGGGGACCGCCCUCAAAAUCACCUCAAUGGCACUCUAGGUUCAAAUAGCACCCUAUAUCUCAACAACACCCGGACUCUGUUGAGCCGUGGCUCGGCCCCACUUCACAAGCGGGCUUCCGAUUACUGGCUUACCACACUUGGUCCCUUGGGAAUACAACCGCAUGCUGGCGGAAGCAACUACAAGUUCUACCGUGAUGUUGUUGCUGAUUACGGUGCUGACAACACUGGUGAGAGCGAUGCUUCAGAGGCCAUAAAUGCCGCCGUAGAGGAUGGCAACCGCUGUGGGCUGGAGUGUGGCAACACUUUCACUCAGGGAGCCAUCAUCUACUUUCCCCCGGGCACGUACAAAAUCUGCAGCCCCGUUGUCCAGCUAUACUACUCACAGUUCAUUGGUGAUCCGCACGAUCCACCAACCAUCAAGGGAUGCAGGUCGUUCAAAGGAAUUGCCCUCUUCGAUGCUGAUCCGUAUAUUCCCGGAGGGGGCGGCCAAAACUGGUACAUCAACCAAAACCAAUUCUUCCGUCAGAUCCGGAACUUCAUCUUUGACCUGACGGAGAUGCCCAUCUCCACGGCCGACAAUGACCAGCCCCUGGUUCCCACUGGUAUUCAUUGGCAGGUGUCGCAGGCAACUUCGUUGGAGAACUUGGUCUUCAACAUGCCCAAAGCCACGGAUGAUGAAACGACAACUGCCGUGGGAAUCUUUACCGAGAACGGGUCUGGUGGUUUUGUUGCUGAUCUGACCUUCAAUGGAGGAGCUAUUGGUUGGCGUGCUGGGUCUCAGCAAUACACGGCACGCAACCUGAAGUUUAACGGCUGCCUGACAGCCGUUCAGAUGAUUUGGGAUUGGGGGUUUAACUGGCAAGGGAUUGAAGUCAAAGACAGCGCCAUUGCCUUCAACAUCAGCGGCCGUGGAGGAGCCACAGGACAAGGCAUUGGCUCCAUCUCGGUAAUCGAUUCCUCCAUUACCAACACUCCAAUCGGCAUCCUGACAAACUCCCACGAACAAUCCCCCAACAUCGUUCUCGAUAAUGUCAAGAUCUCCAACGUCGCCCAAGUCGUUCAAGUGGACAACGGUCCCUCCCUUCUCUCCGGCACAUCUGACACCGCAACCAUUGACCUCUGGGCCCACGGCCGUCGCUACAAUGGGGACAAGGGGUCAUCCGAGACCGGACCCGUGAAAGCCCCUUCUAAAGCCGCCGGGUUGUUGGGAGACGACAAGAAGCUGUUCACCAAGUCUCGCCCUCAAUACGCCGACUUUAGCCCCGAAAACUUCCUUGUUGCUACCAAAGAAGGCAUCAAGAACGAUGGCACCGGCGAUCAGACCCUCGCUAUCAACGCCUUCUUGCUCAAAGCCAAGGCCAACAGCCAGAUUGCCUAUUUCCCGGCAGGUAUUUACCAGGUGGGCGGGACAGUGUUUAUCCCCACGGGCAGCAGAGUGGUUGGUUCCAGUUGGUCGCAGAUACAAGGGAGCGGGUUUUACUUUGCUGAUAUGAACGCCCCGCGGGUGAUGGUUAGGGUUGGAAACAGGGGAGACUUGGGAACGAUGGAGAUUACGGACAUGCUGUUCACGGUCAAGGGGGCGACGGCGGGUGCAAUUUUGGUGGAAUGGAAUGUUGCUGGGGAUGAGCAAGGAGCUGCUGGCAUGUGGGAUUCGCAUGUGCGUGUGGGAGGCGGCAUAGGGACUGACCUUGACAUCGACAACUGUCCCAAGGGUGGUUUCAACGAUCAAUGCAUAUGCGCGUCUAUGCUCCUCCAUGUGACUGCACAGGCCUCGGGGUACUUUGAGAACGUCUGGGUUUGGGUAGCAGACAUGGUUGUCUAUGACUCUCCUGACAAGCUCAUCAACCAGAUCAGUCUUUAUGCCGCGAGAUGUACCUUGAUUGAGUCCCAAGAGCCGACAUGGUUCUAUGGCACUGGAUCAGAACACUGCGUCAUGUAUCAGUACCAGUUGAACAAGGCGAAGAACGUCUACCUCGGCCAUAUUCAAUCGGAGACGCCUUACUAUCAGCCCAACCCUGUGGCACCUUACCCAUUCGAUGGCGCGAGGCCCAUGGCGGCAGACCCGUCGUUUUUGGAAUGCACCACGGACAGCUGUAAAGCUGGCUGGGGUCUGCGCAUCAUUGACUCGGAGAACAUCACUAUUCACGGGUCUGGGUUGUACAGCUUCUUCCAGGACUACUAUCAGGACUGUCUCGAGACGUUUGACUGCCAGGACAAGAUUCUGGAAGUCAAAGGAUCGAAAAAUGUGGCCAUCUUCAACCUCUUCACUGUAGGGACGGUCAAUAUUGCCUCGGCGACACGAAUAUCUUUAGGAAUGAAUCUAACCAACGGUAAGUCAAAUUCGUCGGCUACCCAACAAGAAGGAAAUAUCAGCAGGCUAACAAGAGAUAGCGGUUUCACCACCGAGGUCAGUGUUUGGCUUCCCUUGGACGGCUCUGACAAUAUCAGUGUUGUAUAUGUCGGUCCGGAGAUCUGGGACAGACCAACGGCUGCCUGCUCGCCGCCUUGCGUUCUCGUAUUACCCACGAGCACCCUGGGCCAAGACACCACCAUAUCUCCGUCUGAAUACACCACAUCGCUGGAAUACGGUCGCCAGGGCUCUUCAACCGGCCCCGGGGGACAGGUUAUCACGACUUUUUAUACCACUACAACCACCAUUACUAUCACUGUACCGCCCAUUACCAUCCCGAAAAAUAGUGGCCUGCCUUACUCCAAUGUCAACGUCACGCGAGGGCAGGGCGGAGGCGGCUUCAUAGCGACCCCCAGAGUUGAGAUCCCGCCCAUUGGAGUUCCUCUCCCUGAUGGCAAUGGCGGCACCACCACCCGUCAAGUAUUCCUUCCGCCCUGGCCUGAUGUCAACCGCGGUCCGCCAGAGGACUGGGAGUAUGAUGGACCAUGGGGUAAUCCUAGCCCUAUCCCGAGUGGCGGCGUCGGCCAGGCUUUCCACACCCCGUGGUCGACGAUAGUAACGGCCUCCGCGGCUACGGUCACGACCUUGACAUUUCCGGCCAUUGUACACCCACAGACAUACCAGUGUCCUCCGUCAAGCGAGAUAUCCUUCAACACACCUCGCAUGACUCUCACGGUAGACUGUCCUACUCCGACAGAGUUCAAGUUUGGGUUCUCGUGCCCAACAACAAAGGUGGUGACGUUUCUGGGACCGUCUGCGGGUGUGUUUACAGUUGACUGCACUGUAUCAUCAGUUUGGGACUUUCCUCGAUUCCCGGAGCCAACACCUGGCCCUUCGGAAUCAACAACCAGUGACGAGCCUCUCCCAGUGUGGACUACGUGGCCGCCUGGAGAGAUCACGCCCGUGGAGAGAGAAGUCGAAGAGUCAGAGCCCGAGGAUGACGGUACUUUCACAUCUUGCAAGCUUUGGUUUUUCUUUUUCUGCAUUCGCUGGGAUAAUAUCAAGAUUGGGGGGUGGAAGUGGACGUUGCCGCCUGGUAUCUAUCCUCCAGGGCCUCCGCCGCCCUUCAUAAAGUUUCCCUUCAAGGUUGAAGGCACACUGCCGCCAUGGCCAGAAAUCACCAUUGGCCGUGACAGGAAACUUACAUACUCCAACGAACCUACGAGCUGCACCACCAAGUCGGCAUCGCUCUGCACUACAACAACCAUCUUCUCUGUGACCAAGAUUGCAGAAGACUCAACCCGGACAACAGCAACCGCCACCUCGCGACAGUGCGAGACGGUCAGGGGCUGCGAUGUGACGGACCAGAACACGAGGACUGUGUCGACUGCGAUAGAGUCGUGCACGCCAAAGCCGAGAGUAAAAGCCCGAGACGGCGAUGAUCCCAGUCUUUUGAACCCACGACAGAACGGCAACGGCAAUAGCUGCGGCAAGAAUGCCAUUGUGUAUCCCAAGGAUCCCAAGAGCGCGGGCGAUAUUCCGUCCUUGCUCAGCGCGUAUGCCGGAAAAUACGAGACGAUCGGCGUCCCGGAGUUGAACAUUGUCGGUUACUGGUGGGUGCCUCUGUUAGACGAGGAGACCAUGAAGAGGUUGAAGAGUUCACCCUUUGUGAACGACGCCUACUAUUACCAAGACUGGAACAAUGCUGGCAAUGGGCCAGACAGGUCAGGGAAUAUCAACGGUGAGAUGGCGCUACCCGCUCAUUCCGAGGGUAUUACUCACGAUGAUGACGGUUGGACGUCGCUCGCGUCUCCUCUGUUCAAAAGAGCCCGCACGACUACGGCCACGAAUUUUUGGGCGUCAUCUAUCGUGUCGCUCCCCAAAGGCUGGAACUGGCGAGAAGCGGGUACAGAUUCAUACGACUACAGCAAUCUUGCCAAUCCCUAUCUGUAUCAGUGGGAUGACCAAGGAGGAAGCACGGAACACACCAUCUACGUGACGGGCGAGGCGAGGGUGUGGACCGAUCAUCCCGAGUUCAAGGCAUCCGAGGGAUUUCAGGGUGAACUCGAUAUCGUGCUUCCAGGAGGCAAAUACGACGUCGAAAACGACAAGGCAGAUGCCUUUCAUGGCACCUGUGUCGCUGCAUAUGCCAUCGGAGCGAAGCUGGGUAUCUGCAAGAAGUGUCGAGGUGUUUGGUUCGAGACGAAGCUAUGGUCUACCGAUGACCCCUAUUUCAACCCGAACUUUGUACGCGAGCGCGGCAUUGCCCAUCUGAUGGCCGCGUUUCGAGAUAUUCAUCUCAGGGGAAACGCAAAGAAGGCAGUCAUCAACAUGUCGUGGUCGUACCCUCCGGGGAGGGCCAUUCCGGCCACCCUCCAAUCUACCCACUGGGUCUUGACCGAACUGGACAAAAUGGGUGUUGUGCUUGUGGCUUCAUCGGGUAACCACGCACACGAUGAGGGCAGGGAAAUCAGCCGGUUUCCAGCUCGCUUCGCCAGUUCAGACAAGAAAAGAAACCCUUACGGAGAGAUAAAGAACCUCAUUGUGGUCGGUGCCACUCAAAACAUCGGUAUCGAAUACACCAGGGGCCAGACAUCCAAUUACAUGACCACCUUCGCCCCGGGCGAAAACGUCCCAUGCACCAGCGACCCCAACGCCGCAGGCGACAAGUAUUCCAGAAAUAUGGCGUCUGGCACCUCAGCAGCAGCGCCUCAGGUUGCGGGUUUGGCGGCCUACUGGCGCUCUCUUCCGUCUAAGUGGCAGACGCAGCUCGAGGAGCCAGCCAAUGUCAAGAAACUGAUUCGGCUUUUCCACCGAAGAUAUGGCUUUUGGAACGCUCAGAGGGCAAAGAACUUUCCCAUCUUGGCUCAGAGUAAGCCGGUAAUCUGGAACGGCCAAGUCAAAGACAAGAACUGUCUCGUUGAUUAUGACACUCGCCAAACUUGGGACACCACCAAGGCCUGUCCAGACAUUCCUGACCGGCUCAGCACCCUCCCUGAGAACCCUGGUGAGUCGGUAAACUGCAACAAUCCGGCACCUCCACCCAACAGCAAAAGACAAGCCGGCAGCGGUGGUAGCUGUCCUUUUACCCCCGGCGGCUCCGGCGCAGAAAAGUCCAUUGACUACCAGCCCAAACCCACACCCUCCCCAACCUGCCAGUCCAACAACUGCGGCGGCAAGCUCUGUACCGGGUUCUUCUGCCGACCAAAGCCAUCCGGUAUCCCGCCCGAUUAUAUGGACCCCAAAGAUCCCAACGCCGGCAACCCCGUCCCUGUCACCCACAUCCCGGGUCCUAACAAACCGACCACCACCCGUGGCGGGGGUGGCACACCUACCCCUUCCCCGGAAUGUGACGACAAGUGCAAGCUUGACCGUGGCAACCCCUGCCGAUGCGGCGACACUGGUUGCGAUGAACAGUCUCCUGCGUGCUGCCACAAUGCCUCCUGUCCCAAGUGUGACUGUCCCAAGAACGGGGAUGGGUGCUCCAAGAACUCGCCAGCUUGUUGUGCGAGUGGGACUUGCCAGUGGCAGUAUACCGGUGGCGGAGGGGGCCUGGAGCCAAACCCAGUUGAUGAGCCCGACAGUGGCGCCAACAGAGUUGCUUCACCACCAUCGUCGACGGAGACGGUGACGGAGGAUCCCGAGCAUGUUGAUGCCGUGUAUGAGAUUUAUUCGGAGAGGGAUGCGAAGGGAGGGUUUGUGGUUAGUGGGUUUAGCGGGGAUGUUAACGGGACGGUUGUUGGGAUGGGCGGUGUGGAGCCGGAUUGGGUGAUGAGUGGGAAUGGGACAUCGGGAUUGGAGACGAGCUAUAAGGGGGUUGUGGCGUAUGGGAGACGGUGUGACUUUUUGGCGGGGAGUGUGAAUGGGUAUGAGGGAAUGGAGAGGCCAGGGAUGGUGGUUGGGGCGCUGACUUGUGAGGGGGUCGCGCCGGCUGUUUGUGUCAGGGGAGAGGGAGGAGGGGAAGUGAGGGAGGAGUUGGUUUGUAGGUGGGAGUAG